GCGCAAGGCCGUUCGGCCGUUCGUACUGCCGGCCCGGUCUGAGGUUACUUCCCGCAGCCCUCGAGGUCGCGAUGGGCUCAUUAAGCCGGCAGGUAGGCAGUGCCGUGGCGGCGGCAGGCGGUCCUGGAAUGUGCGAGGGGCGUGAUGACAGCGACUGCCGCCGGCCUCUUUGCGCAACACCUUCUCUGUAUAUAUACCGGGCGCUCAGCUGCGCUCCACCUGGGUGCCUCCUGCAGUCCCUUACCUGCGAAGGGAGCGCUGAUCAUGGCUCCUUGGCCCGAGUUGGAAAAUGCCCAGCCCAACCCCAAUAAAUUCAUUGAAGGGGCCUCAGGUCCACAGUCUAACCCAGUAGCCAAGGAGAAGGAGGCCAGCAAAAAUGACAGUGGGGCUCCUGUAACCAAGAUUGAACUUCUACCCUCCUAUUCCACCGUGGUCCUGAUAGAGGAGCCCGCUGAGGGGAGUGACCCCUGGGACCUGCCUGAACUCCAGGACACCGGGAUCAAAUGGUCAGAGAGAGACACCAGAGGGAAGAUUCUCUGCGUUUUCCAGGGGAUUGGGAAAUUCAUCCUUCUCCUGGGCUUCCUCUACUUGUUCGUCUGCUCCUUGGAUAUACUCAGCAGUGCCUUCCAACUGGUUGGAGGGAAAAUGGCCGGACAGUUCUUCAGCAACAACUCCAUCAUGUCUAAUCCCGUGGCUGGGCUAGUGAUUGGCGUGCUGGUGACCGUCAUGGUGCAAAGCUCCAGCACGUCUUCGUCCAUCAUUGUCAGCAUGGUUGCUUCCUCACUGCUGACCGUGCGGGCUGCCAUCCCCAUCAUCAUGGGGGCCAACAUCGGAACCUCCAUCACCAAUACUAUCGUGGCCCUUAUGCAGGCAGGAGACCGGAAUGAGUUCAGAAGGGCAUUUGCAGGGGCCACUGUCCAUGACUUCUUCAACUGGCUGUCUGUGUUGGUGCUCUUGCCCCUGGAGGCUGUCACUCACUACCUGGAGCUCUUGACCAACCUUGUGGUGGACACCUUCCCCUUCAAGAAUGGAGAAGAUGCCCCUGACAUUCUGAAAGUCAUCACAGACCCCUUCACAAAGCUCAUCAUCCAGCUGGAUAAAAAGGUCAUCCAGCAAAUUGCAAUGAGUGACCCAGAAGCCCAGAACAAGAGCCUGGUCAAGAUCUGGUGCAAAACCAUAACCAAUGUGACUCAGAUGAAUGUCACCGUUCCCUCAUCCGAUAACUGCACCUCUCCUUCACAUUGCUGGACUGAUGGCAUACAGACUUGGACCCUCCAGAAUGUCACCCACAAGGAAAACAUUGCUAAAUGCCAGCACAUCUUCGUGAAUUUCAGUCUCCCAGAUCUUGCUGUGGGUAUCAUCCUGCUUACCGUCUCCCUUCUGGUCCUCUGUGGCUGUCUGAUUAUGAUAGUCAAGCUCUUGGGUUCUGUGCUCAGGGGACAGGUCGCUGUUGUCAUCAAGAAGACACUUAACAUGGAUUUCCCCUUUCCCUUUGCCUGGUUGACUGGUUACUUAGCCAUCCUUGUGGGGGCAGGCAUGACCUUCAUCGUGCAAAGCAGCUCCGUGUUCACUUCCGCCAUGACGCCACUCAUUGGUAUUGGAGUAAUCACCAUCGAGAGGGCGUAUCCACUCACGCUGGGCUCCAACAUUGGCACCACCACCACCGCCAUCCUGGCGGCCUUAGCCAGCCCAGGUAGCACCUUGAGGAGUUCUCUCCAGAUUGCCCUGUGCCAUUUUUUCUUCAACAUCUCCGGAAUCUUGCUGUGGUACCCCAUCCCGUUCACCCGCCUGCCCAUCCGUCUGGCCAAAGGCCUGGGCAACAUCUCGGCCAAGUACCGCUGGUUCGCCAUCUUCUACCUCAUCUUCUUCUUCUUCCUGACCCCGCUGACGGUGUUUGGCCUGUCCCUGGCGGGCUGGCCGGUGCUGGUGGGCGUGGGUGUGCCCAUCGUCCUGCUGCUGCUCCUGAUCCUGUGCCUCCGGAUGCUGCAGGCCCGCUGCCCGCGCUCCCUGCCUCUGAAGCUCCGGGACUGGAACUUCCUGCCCCUGUGCAUGCACUCUCUGAAACCCUGGGACAACAUCAUCUCCCUGGCCACGACCUGCUUCCAGAGACGCUGCUGCUGCUGCUGCCGCGUGUGCUGCCGCGUGUGCUGCAUGGUGUGUGGCUGCAAGUGUUGCCGCUGCAGCAAAUGCUGCAGGGACCUUGAGGAGGGGGAAGAGGAGCAGGACGUCCCAGUCAAGGCCUCUGGGGCCUUCGACAAUGAAGCGAUGAGCAAGGAGUCCCAGGAUGAGGGCAAGGGUCAAGUGGAGGCCGUGGGCAUGAAGGCCAUGUCCAAAACUACGGUGUUCUAGGGGCAACCUAGGAGUCAGGGGAGAGGAGGACCUCAACCCUGUGGGAUCCACCCCUCCCAGGGCUCUUGCCACCUCACCAGGGUCCCUGAGGAGAGACGGAGUUGACAUCAACUCUAGCUCUCCCUUCCACCAGAGCUUCCGCCUGUAGGUGAACUGGACCUUUCUUGUCCCGAUUCCCAAGCGCCUGCCUCUCAGAAGACAAGAGUACACAGAUUUAGACUGCGAAUGUGGCCCCACAGAUGACAACAUCCACUUCUUGUCUAAGACUAUGCUUUCAAAAGGCCAUCCUCACCCAGAGGACAAGUGUUAAAGGAGGCACUAGGGCAGGUUCCGGAAAGGGGCCUAUGGAAGACUGUAUGUAAAUAUAUGUACAAAGCUGACCUUUCUUGGUAUAAAGCUUCAACCGCUUUUUCUUUUC